AUGGGACUCAUGGGCAAGAUCGGCGAAGCCAUCACUGACCUCGCAGUUAUCUGCUGGGAUAACGGAAUAGCUCUGGCAAAUCUCGUCACUCCGAAGCUCAAGGCAGGACAAGUAGUGCCCGAAGGAGCUCCAGGUCAUCAUCUGAAAUGGCCGGAAUACGUCCCACCGAAAGAGGGCGACUCAAGAUCUGCGUGCCCGAUGCUCAAUGCCAUGGCAAAUCAUGGCAUCCUUCCACACGACGGCAAGAACAUCAGCUUCUCGGAGAUGAACCACAAAAUCAGACAGACGUUCAACUUUGCCUCUUCCUUUUGCUUUUUCGUCCCAAACUUCAGCUCCCGUUUUUUGAACAAAUCUUACAAGACCGACCGCUUCGAUCUGGCAGAUCUCAGCCUGCAUGCACCGGAUGCCAUCGAGCAUGAUGCUAGUCUUACACGACACGAUGCCGCAAUACAGCCAGAUCAGGGCAAGCCGGACCUCGAGCUGGUUCAACAGCUCCUGUCUGAAGCCACGGGAAAGAUGCCCGAUGGCUCGCCUCUGCUCACCAAGGCUGAUCUUUCGCGAGCACUGUCGAAGAGACGAGCCGACGCUCGAAGCACAAACAAAGACUACUCUGAAAGCUUCUUCCACAACAUGUUUGGUAGCGCGAACUCAUCUACAAUGCUCACCAUCUUCGGCGGCUCUGUUGCCGACCUGAUGCCCAUGCUCACGGAAGAACGUUUCUCAGAGCAGUGGGAACCACGUGUCUUGGACAGAUAUGGCUUGACGAUGGCCAAGUUCAAUGGUACUGUGAUACCUGUCGAGAUGAAGGUUGACCCCAAACAGUAUCGAAAGGCCAUUUGA